GGACCAGGGCAGACUUCGCCCCAAACCCCAUUUCAGCCAUACAAACUUCGAUGCUGUCUUCUCUACUGCUCAGCGGUGCGCUACUACGGACCCAGCGAAGUGCCCUCCCCCGCACUUUCUGUCGCUACAAAUCCAUCACCGCUGCCAUCGAGAAGGGCCGGGGCAGUGGGCCGGACAGGUUUUCACCAUCACGUUCAGGCGGUCGCUCACGCUUCGGAGACGACCGUGCGACAUCACCGCGCUACGAGGAGAGAGAUAGCGGCCGUACACGGCCGUCACGAAGCAAGUCUUCAAUCGGAGCAAGGCGCAGGCGAUGGGAGGAUGAAGACGCUCCGCCCAGGCGGAAAGAGUUGAGGAAAAGCGGUGGGAGGUCAGACGAGUCGGCUGUCGACCGACGCAUGAGGGAGCAGGAUCGCGACGGCCCGAAGCGCUUCGAGGGCCGAGCACAACGACCAGACAGAUUCGCUGGCCGGUCUGGCGGUCGAGACACGCGGACUGAGCGAAGAGACGCACCACGACGCAGCCGUGAGGACUUCGAGCGUAGCGAUAGGCCAGAUCGAAGGACAGAGAAGACAUUCGACCGCAGCGACAAGCCUCAACGUGGGGCUGAGAGAACAUUCGACCGUGGGGACAGACAGCAACGCAGGUCGGAGAAUGGCGACGAUAGGCCGCCGCGCAGGGAGAGGUCAUUCGAUGGUGAUGAUAAACCACAGCGCAGGACAGAGCGAACAUUCGACCGUGGCGACAGGCCCCAACGCGACACAGAAAGAACAUUUGACCGUGACGACAGACCUCAACGUCGAUCGGAGAGGACAUUCGAUCGCGAUGACAGACGCUCCUCUCGUAAUGACCGUGACGACCGACCCUCUCCUCGCAACGAUCGCGACAGCAGAACCUCUCAAUCAGACCGCUCAGAACGGUCCUCCAUACCCUCCCGCGCAUCCCCUUACGACCGCUCCCCUGACUCGCUGCCGUACAGCACUGCCGCCUCUGAGUUCAUCUACGGCUACUCCUCCGUCCUCGCCGCCAUCCGCGCCAAUCGUCGCCAGUUCUACAAGCUCUACGUCAACUCGCGCGGCCUGAACCGCGACAUCCUGCUCGCGCGCGCCAAGGCAUCCAAUCUACGCCAAAUCACGCGCGAAGUCGGCGACGACUACGACCGGGCCUUCGACAAAGCCUCCUCGGGGCGUCCGCACAACGGCUUCAUUCUCGAAGCCUCGCCCCUGCCCGUCCAACCCAUCACCGAGCUCAAAGAAUGCACACGCGAAGCCGGCACCUUUGACGUCGUCCUCGACCACCAGACCAAAGAAGAACUUGCCGUGAAUGGCUCCCGCACAUCCUACUCCUACAAGUCAUCCACCUGGCGCCACCCUCUCAUCCUCUUCCUCGACGGCAUCCUCGACGAAGGCAACCUCGGCGCCAUCGCGCGCUCUGCGUACUUCCUCGGCGCUGAGGCCAUCGUCACACCCGCCCGCCAGUCCGCACCCUGGUCGCACAUCGCCGUGAAAGCCAGCGCGGGCGCCGCCGAAGCGGUGCCUAUCUUCCGCGUUUCUGAGCCCGCAGACUUCCUCGGCAAGUCCAGCAGGAAUGGCUGGCGCUGCUAUGCCGCUGACGCCGUCCCUACCGCCAAUGAUGCGCAGGACGGCACGAGCGAUGUCGUGUAUACGCAGGCGCGCGCUUCGGACCCCAAGCCUAUCCCAGACCACAGUCCUGUCGCACAACACCCCACGAUUCUCAUGUUGGGCGCCGAAGCUACUGGCUUGAAGACUAGUUUGCUGAAGAUCGCGCACUACAACGUCGGGAUCAAGCAUGGCAGGGAGGUCGACGAGGUCGGAGUUGAUUCGCUGAACGUUAGUGUGGCGGCGAGUUUGCUGUGCCACGAUAUACUGAGAAAGAAGCCUGUCGUCGAGCGGGACCCCGAGAACGUAGUCUUCUGAGACCGCAGUCUUCUGAGGGGUUUGUAUGAUACUUCGUAGUUGUAUACCAGAUUCCAUAUACUCGCAUGUACCGCCUUCUAGAACGGGCGCGUGCACAUGAGUAUGAAAAUGUACAUGUUGAGACGUUGAUGCGUCGACUCAAAAA